AUGGCCGGCUUCCUUCGACCGCUCAUGGUCGCGCUCCUUGCGCUCGCCGUCGCCUGCAUGGCCUUCGGCCAGGAGACGCUGCAUGAAGUCGACUUUCUCGAAGACUACUUCUACGUGGAGGACAUCGACGUCGGCGUCCAGACUGCGCCCGUGCCGGAAGGCCUUCCCGCCGGACGCAUCGAGCUCGACCACGACCACCUUCAGCCGUACAUGGACCUCAUCGUGAGCGCAAAGCGAACGCGCCACGUACUCGUCUUUCUCUCGACCUCGCAUGAGGCCCGCGACUCAUUCUCGCGCGCGGUCCGGGCGCUCCAGCAUCGCGACGAGGUCGACAUGUACUUCUUCGCCGUGCCCCUCGUGGCGUCGGAUGAUGCGUUCGAGAUCACGUUCAAGGACGCCCACAAGCUCUCGUCGAUCCCGGACGAUGGGCUCCACAUUCUCGCUACCUUUGAGCCCAAUGCACGCUACGGCCUCCAGAUUGGCCGCGAGAACGCGCGGCUCGUCGACCCGUCCGUGCUGACGCCGAGUACGUGGACCGAGAAGUUAUCGGGUAUGGUGCAAGAGAUGCUGGCGCCGCCCGUCGUGGUCAAGCCCUCCGACUCCUCACUCUCGUCGCUUUUCGUGUACGGCGCCUUGGCGUACCUCGUCUUUGUCCUCCUCCCGCGCAUGUACGCGAACCGCGCGUCGAUCCUUCCGGUCGUCACGAGCCGUUCGACGUGGUUCCUCGUCUGCGCGUUCGUCAUGUACCUCUCUCUCUCGGGCACCUUCUUCACCAUCAUCCACGGCUCCCCCCUCUUCUACUUCAAUUCAAAUGGCUUCUCGCUCAUGCACCCGUCGUCGCAGCGGCAGUUUGCGCUCGAGGGCUGGACGCUCGGUGGCAUGCCCCUCGCGGUCUCGCUCGUGCUCGUCGCGGUCUCGGAGGCCAUGCCGUUCAUCCUCGGGCCCGACAAUCGGUUCCACGCAGCGACGGUCCUCCUCCUCGCGUUUGCGUUGCUCUGCUUUUUCGAGCACGUGCUCUUUACGACCAAGAACCGCUGGUACCGCCUCUUCUAA